GUACUUUAGUACCUGUACGAUUAGAAAAAAAAACCUGUAGCGCACCUAGGAAGCUGCAAGGCAUCGCAGCCCACCAAACAGUUGCAGACCCAGACAACCCCCCCGGGACUAACCCCUCCCCUCUUUUCAGUGAUCAGUGAUUUUCCAAAUCAAAUCAGCAAGCCUGGGUGGCACCUACCUCUGUAUUUAAAAAAUUGCCCCGCCCGCCGUUCCAGUUCAGCGACGUUCCCCCCAAAACUUUCUUUCCCCCAAAUUUCCCACUUUCUCGCGCUUCUCUUCACUGAUUUUUCAGUGGUCACAAGCUCCGCGAGUUUUCCAGACCUCCUACACCUACUACAUCAACCCAGCAGCUAUCGAACAGAGGUACGCAACUGCGCACCAACCACUGAGUCACAAAGCCAAUACAGCUAUCAGCCACACCACAAUGCCUCGUCCUAAGAAGACAGAAGCUGCUCGACAGCCCGCGCCCGUCGCGCCGGCACCUAUGGUGCCUAUGGCCAUGCAAGCAGUUCCGGCUCAGCUACCCCAGAUUCAGCAACAGCCUUUGGCUGCUGGACCUGGAGUCGGCCAGCCUCCCAGAACCAUCGGUAUUGAAGAGUUCAUCCGCGUUCGUGACAGUGUACAUGCUAGGUUCAACACUAUCACAGGGCUCAUGAAGAGCUUCUCUGAUGACUUCCUGCGUCAAACCAACCUGCUCAUAGGAGAGCCUGCACCUUUUGACAAUGGAGCUAGUCACUCUAUGCAGAACUUGAUCGCCAACCUCGAUGGUAUUAGUGGUCAGUUUGGUGAUCUUGGUGCUCAUGUCGAAGAGAAGAAGGAGCGUAAGAAGCGAACUCAUGAUCCCAACGCUCCUAAGCGUCCCUUGACGCCUUACUUCCUCUACAUGCAGACUGCUCGUCCUAUCAUCGCGAACGAUCUCGGUCAGGAUGCUCCAAAAGGCGCUGUACAGGAGGAAGGUCAGCGUCGUUGGGCAUCAAUGACACAGCAGGAGAAGAAUGCAUGGAACAACGCGUACCAGUUUAACUUGCGAUUGUAUAACGCUCGAGUCCACUCUUAUAAGGCUGGCAACUUGGAGGCUCGCAACAUGACCGACCCUGAUGCUCUUGCGUACGCUGACGCCAAUGGUAUUCCUCAGCCCGUAUUGUCGGGCGAGGAGACGUAUGCGUCUAAUGACCAGGAUGCGAUUGCCGAACAAUUGGCUAUGGCUAUAGCUCCCCCGGAGAUCGAGACCCAGACUCCCAAAGCCAAGGUUACUCGCAAGCGCAAGAGCGCUGCCGCUGAAAUUGAGGACGCAGAGGCCAGUGCUGCUAAGACCUCCACACCUGCCUCCCCUGAUAAGAAGCGAAAGCGAGCAUCGAAAGUAGCCGACACUCCUGACGAGCCUAAGAAGUCUAGUCGAAAGAAGAAGGCCACGUAAUCUGGUAGACAUGAACUAUCCUGUCAACUAUACUAGGUACCUAUUCGUUCGCCAUCUUUAUGUCGGUCUGUUUUCUUUCGAUUGCUCAGAGGUCAUCCUGCUCUUCUACCGCUUAUCUGUUGCGAUAUUUGCGGCGACAUAUCUUCGUUUGCCGCGUCGUAAAAUAUGCUCGACUAUGUCAGAUAGUGGUCAGUCGGUGCCGGUUUUAAAAGGGGUACGGAAGGGUUCAGGCUCUUCUGGUUUUGGGGGUCUUGUAUUAUGAGUUACGAACAAUUGCGAAUGGGGAUCGGAAAGGUCUGCUGGAUUUCGGCACGGAGUUGUUUAGUGUGUAUCGAGGUCCUUUUCUCAUUUAUUCCUGUUUCAAAAUUCCCCAAAUGUACUUAGCUCUGCCUGUUGGCAUUGUACUCAUCAAACACAUUGUUCCCUUCUGAGAGGAAGGUUGGAAAUUAUUGGUCUUGUUAAUCUAUUCUAACUUGGUGUGCUGUAAUCUUGACCACGUCUCAGGUACUAUUUCGUGGGUGGGCACCGGGAACUACCCGUAAACGUCU